AUGUAUUUCAUUGUUACUGCCCCGCCUCCAGUACCAUCUGCUAAAGCUGCAUCAAAGAAGUCAAAGAAGGAUGAUGACGAUGGAACUGAAAUGGGAGAUGGAGAUGACUGGAAUUUGGGGAAGUCACUCAUCAAACCUCCUGAUCAGCUGGAUCUUACUGAACAAGAAUUAAAAGAAGAAAUUACUCGUGUUCUUACAGCUGAUAACCCCCACGCUCCUGAAAAUAUUGUGAGAUUCAGCUUUAAAGAAAGGGCUUAUAAGCAAGUCCCAGUGAUCAGCCAGAUGGCCAUUCAUUUUGCACGUGAUGGAAACCUACUGCACAAAGAUUCAGAUGAAGCAAAACGUCAACAAUCUAGAGCUCCCGGGUGCCAGGGUCCGACACAUAUUAGUGCACCUCUUCCAUCUGAAAGUGCAGAGAAAAUGGAUACAGAAGAGGAAGAACUCCCUGACACAAAGGGAGCUGAAGAAGAAGAAGAGAAGGAAGUAAUAAGACCACGACAGGAACGGAAGAUUCCCAAUCAGUUCAACUUCAGUGAAAGAGCUUCUCAGACUUUCAACAACCCUAUGAGGGAAAAUGGAUGCCAGACAGAACCACCUCCCAGAGCAAGUUUCUCUUCUACAGCAAAUCAGUGGGAAAUAUUUGAUGCCUAUGAGGAAGUAUUAGCAAAACAAGCAAUGAAGAAAGAGAAGCAAAAGCCGCAUACUGUGAAAAAAGAUGAAGUAUCAAAGAAAAAAAUUUCAGCUGUUGAAAGCAUGAGUGAUGAUAUUUCAAGAGUUAGUAAAGUUGCCAAAAUAGUGGAACGGAUGGUGAACCAGAACUCUUUUGAUGACAUUCUACAAGAUUUUAAGUAUUUUGAAGAUCCUUCUGAUGAAUUCCGGGAUCAAGAAGGCACUGUUCUACCUCUGUGGAAAUAUUUUUAUGAGAAAGCUAAAAGAUUGGCAAUUACUGGCAUGUGUUGGAAUCCAAAAUACCAUGAUCUUUUUGCAGUUGGACAUGGCUCCUAUGAUUUUAUGAAACAGAACCGUGGCAUGCUUCUCGUAUUCUCACUGAAAAAUCCAACCUACCCUGAAUACCAAUACAGUUCAGACAGCAGUGUCUUAUGCCUGGAUUUCCACAAUAUGUAUCCUCAUCUGAUAGCUGUUGGCUUUUAUGAUGGUUGUGUUGCUGUCUAUAAUAUCAUGGAAAAUGCUACAGGACCUACUUACAAGAGUUCACCUAAAUCAGGCAAGCACACUGAUCCUGUUUGGCAGGUAAAAUGGCAAAAAGAUGACUUGGACAAUAAUAUCAACUUCUGUUCCAUCUCUUCAGAUGGACGGGUUGUUUCUUGGGCUUUAAUUAAGGAUGAAAUUGUUUAUACAGAUAUUAUCAAACUUACAAUGGAUGGGAUUUGCAAGGAUGCACUGGAAAAUUUGCAAUUGCAAAUUAUGGGAUGUGGAACUUCCUUUGACUUCCAUAAACAGAAGGACAAUUUGUUUCUAGUAGGCACAGAAGAAGGAAAAAUACACAAGUGCUCCAAGGCUUAUUCAAGUGAGUUUUUGGAUACUUAUGAAGCCCAUCAUAUGGCAGUGGAUGCCUUACACUGGAAUACAUUCCAUCCAGAAAUUUUCAUUUCAUGUAGUUCUGAUUGGACGGUGAAGAUUUGGGAUCACAAUUUAAAGAACCCAAUGUUCACAUUUGAUCUUAAUGCACCAGUUGGCGAUGUUACUUGGUCACCAUACUCUUCAACUGUGUUUGCUGCCGUUACAACAAAUGGAAAGGUUCACGUUUUUGAUUUGAACGUUAAUAAAUAUGAACCGAUCUGCGAGCAAACUAUUGUGAACAAGAAACGAAAUAAACUCACACAUAUUGCAUUCAAUCCAACCUACCCUAUUAUAAUGGUAGGAGAUGAACGUGGUGGUGUAUCAAUCUUAAAACUCUCUCCAAACCUUCGCAAACAACCUAAGGCAAAGAAAGGACAAGAAGUACAAAAAGGGCCUGAAGUGGAAAUCGCUAAAAUGGACAAGCUACUGAGCCUGGUUAGAGACCCGGACAUGAAACAGAACUAA